CAUCAUUAGGGCCAAUAGCAUGCAUGCCCAAUUGAUUUAUGCGCCUCCCUCCUCCUGGGGUAUUUGAGUAGUGAUUGGUGUUACUAUCUGUCUUCUGCACCUACGUCACUGUCCUUUAUAAAGUAGUCUACUGAGUUUAAUUCAGUGUCAGAGUAGAGAAUAGAGUUUUGGAGCAGAGUCAACACAUACAUAUAGUUAGUAGAACUUCAGGUUUUGGCGACACAUCACGGGUUGGCAUACGUCCACUGUAUGCACAAAGUUGUAGGAGUUGCUUUUGAAAGUGAGUUGCGACUGCGGUUGACAUCCAGUCACCACGGACGGCGCCUUAUAAACAGACGGAUUGGAUUCCAGAAGCUCUUCCUUGAGAGCGGUAGAGAUUCCUGUUAACGGGUACCACUCGUGCUCAGCAUCUCAAACUGACUUUUCUUGGCAACUUCCAGCUACUGGACGAUCCUUCUCACAAGCAACAGGUUGAAUUGGUGAAAUAAAUAGCAGAAACUAUGCCCAGCAAAAGCGAAGAUUAUCGGCCAAGACUCUGCGUGCUGGAGAAAGGGGACAAUGGGUAUGGGUUCCAUCUCCACGGUGAGAAGGGUAAGACCGGGCAGUUUAUACGGCUUGUGGAGCCCGACAGUCCGUCUGAAACUUCGGGGAUUCGCGCGGGGGACCGACUAGUGUUCGUGAACGGGGAGAACGUGGAGAACGAGAGCCAUCAACAGGUUGUGUCCCGGAUAAAAGCCACCGUGGGCCAGCUCGAGCUCAUUGUUAUCGACCAGGACACUGAGCAACUGUUGAAAAAACACAAGAUGAAGUGUCUCAAAGAAUAUGUCACGGAGCGCAUUCCUUUACCCAGCGACGACGAGUCAGAAAGCGAAGAUGUGAAGGAGAACGGGACACCAUGCGGGACACCGAGAGAAUCCACACCUGUUCCGGAAAAUAACGGAGAGCUCCAUAGCCACGUAGAGAUCCAUAGCCACGUUGAGAAAAAGCUGAGCAUCAACUCUGAGAAGGACUUGCAGAGUGAGCUGAGGCCACGUCUGUGUGUGAUCAAGAAGGGGCCUAAUGGCUACGGCUUCAACCUGCACAGUGAGAAGGCCAGACCAGGCCAGUACAUCAGAGCAGUGGACGAGGACUCACCUGCACAGAGGUCAGGCCUGCUGGCUAAGGACAGGAUAGUACAGGUGAAUGGUAUGGCAGUGGAGGGGAAGCAGCACUCGGAGGUGGUGGCAGCCAUCAAGGCUGGUGGUGAGGAGACCUCUCUACUGGUUGUGGACACAGACACAGAUGCCUUCUUCAGGAGGUGCAGAGUCGCUCCCACCCCAGAACACAUCACAGGAUCUCUGCCUGAGCCUGUCGUCAACGGAGACAUGGAGAAGACGGUGAAUGUAAAUGGAAAACUGGCCAAAGAGGUGAAGCAGGACUCUAAGCUGUCAAACAGCCCGUCUCCAAGCAACACCUCCUCCAACGCCUCACUCACAACCCCACCCACAGAGGGGUCUGAGCCAGUGAUCAUGGGCGCCAUCCCGGGUCUGAACCUGUCCCUGCAGCAGGUCAAGGAGCGUGCUCAUCAGAAACGCUCCAACAAGAGGGCUCCGCCCAUGGACUGGAGCAAGAAAAAUGAACUGUUCAGCAACCUAUAGAUAGAGCACUUCGCCCUACACACACCCACAUACAGUAGAUACUCACAUAGAGGUCAGUGAAGGAGAGAGAGGGACGGAGAGAGAGAGGGGUUGUUCUAAGCCCCAUGCUUUCUAUGACUCAUUAAAACCAGCAGUUUAACUAUUGGUGAGGGAGAAUACAGGUAUAUGUAUGUAAAAUAUAUACACACAGAUUUGUAUUAUAUUCCAGAUGCUAUGAUGUACUAACAAUAUAUAGACGAAUAUGCCAAUGUUGGAAAGGAAACAGCUAGAUCAGAUAAGAAUCUUUGUAUUGUGAUUUGAAAAUCAGUUUUUAAGUAUUCCAUUUUGCGUGUCGAGGUGGUUGUGUAUGUGUGUUCAUCGUACCAAUUUGUGUGUGUGUACCUGAGUGUGUAUGCCCAGAAGACCCUGGAAGUACCUGCUGGUCAUAGCCUGGUGCCUGUACAUAUAGUGGAGUAGGUCUCUCUUAUGGCCAUUCCUCUACACGUUAAUCAGUCAUUCAAACACAUUUUACCAUACUUUUCUCGCCUUAAAUGAGAAUGGGACCAGUCACUUACAUACCUGACAAUCAGCUACCUGUCUAGUCUAUCACCGUUCACCUUUUAGGGACCAAAUAGGAAGCCUCUGCACACUUCCAGUCAGAAGCAAAAUGUAUUUAAUGUAGCUGAGCUUUGGGUCAGUCGAGCUCUGAUGAAGAUCGACUGACCCAAAGCUCAGGUACAUUAAUGACAGUUGCUUCUGACUGGAAGUGUGCGGAUACUUUUUCAUGUUUCUCCAGUUUUGCCUUCAGCACCUUCACUAAUCAGCUCUGGGUGGGCAGUAGAUUCUAUUAUCUACAAACCUUUUAGGGACCAAAAACCUGAUGAACGACCACUCUGUCAGUCAUUGGGGAACGAUAUGUUGGUGCAGUGUCCAUCCAUACCAGUCUUACUUAACUUCAAUAAAUCUUACGUCCAUACUGUAGCAUUGCCAUGACCACUAUAUAUUGUAAUACUGUUUGUGUUUUUAUUUUUAUUUUAUUGCCAUUGGCAAAAUGCUUUGAGAUUUUUACACGUUUAUGUAGAUGUACUUAAACAUAAUUUGUUUCUCUAAUAUGAAUAUAUGUCUGCGCUUCACUAGAUUUUAUGUGUAUGUUCAGUAUUGAGAAUGAGAUUCACUAUUUUGACUAUUGAAUUGUAUGCUCUUAUUUCUAUACUGUAUUACAUUGUAGAUCACACCAUUGUUGUCUCACGACUCUCCAUUUAAAUUAACAUUACAGUAACAUAAGUGUUAAGAAUCUCUUUCUGUGCUAUGAAGGCGUAGAUGAAAUGCACCCACUCUUAAAGGACUUCUAGAUAUUUAAAUCCAGAAAUAAAGGAGAGAAGUCAACAGGA